AACGCUGCUCAAUAGUUAACAACGAAGUCGACGACGAGCCGAGCCCGAUCGCGUAUUGUAGGCGAAGCUGUUAUCGCUAGCUUAUCAGCGUUAUAUUUUGGCCAGAUUGCGACGCGACGCAGCAACUUUAGUUAACAAAAGCGGGUAUUUCUGUUAGGCGCAAACGCAACGCGAGCUCACAGUGCCAACGACAAGCAACGACGGCGAGUCCUCGCAAAUCAAAUUAAAACGCAAACUUAAAUCAAUUAGCAUUAACAUUAAAAACAAAUUCAAUUAAUAAGCAUGGUUAAGUGAAUGUGCAACGUAGCGAGGAUAAACAAAUAAAUAAAUAAAUAGAUCGUGAACAAGUUUUAAAUCGAUACAUCUAAACAUGCGCUUAGAUUAAACAAAUUAACUGACAAUACUACUGUAAUUAAUACGCAUUACAAGCUUAAUACUUAAUUAGUGAAAAUGAAUAAAUUCUUUUGUGCGCUGUUGGCUUCAAUAAUAAUAUAUAAUAAUCUAACAACAGUUGUAAGCGCUGCCAGCAACAGCAGCGCUGCCAUUGACAGCAGCAGCGAGGAUCCAAAUUGUCCUUCGCUGGCUAAUGCCAAGGACCUGCAAUAUACAGAGCUUAUACAACGCAUGACUCAUGUCUGUCGCUAUGAUCGUCUGGAGCGACCUAUGGAAUACAACAACAAGACAAACCAACGUUUGCCCACUGUGGUCAAGACACGCAUCUACGUUUAUUUGCUGCAGAAUCUCAACUCAGAUUUACUGCAGUUCAAAAUGCAUGCGCUGCUGCAGCUGAGCUUCCAGGAUAAGCGUUUGGCCUACGAGCACUUUGCGCCAGAUCGUGAUAAUAUUUUGGGCCAGAAGCAUUUGAGCGAGCGGCUAUGGCUGCCGCAUAUAUUCUUUGCUAACGAACGCGACUCCAGCAUACUGGGCACAGAUGAGAAGGAUGUGCUGACGUCCAUUUCGAGUGAUGGCAAUGUAAUUGUUUCCACAAGACUGCAGGCUUCACUGUACUGCUGGAUGAACUUUCAAAAGUUUCCAUUCGAUCAGCAACAUUGCGCCACUGUGCUGGAGAGCUGGAUGUACAACACGUCGGACUUGGUGCUGGAGUGGGAGAAGGUAUCGCCCAUAUCCUUUGAUCCUGAAAUGCGUUUGACUGAAUACAAUUUGGCUAGGUAUUGGCAUAACACAACUGUAGUGCAUGCAGAUGAAAUUAAUUUGCGACAUGGUGCAUUUAUGGGUGACUACAGCUCCUUGAGUUUCACCGUCAAUCUGCAGCGUGAAAUUGGUUUCUAUUUAUUGGACUAUUAUUUGCCGUCUAUGAUGAUUGUUGCCAUAUCUUGGGUAUCCUUUUGGCUGCAAGCGGAUGCUUCACCACCACGCAUUAUGCUGGGCACCAGCACUAUGUUGUCGUUUAUAACGCUCUCAUCAUCGCAGAGCAAAACUCUACCCAAAGUCAGUUACAUUAAAGUUUCGGAGGUUUGGUUUAUUGGCUGCACUUUCUUCAUUUUUGGCAGUCUGGUGGAGUUUGCCUUUGUCAAUACGAUUUGGCGACGCAAGGAGAACAUUGAGCUCAAGAAAGUCAACAGCAAGUAUAUUAUUAAGUCCACACUAACGCCACGCCCCACACGUCGUCAACUGGGCGGCAGUUUGAGCAAUGAGAGCAGAGCGCGUUCUUGCUCCAGCUUGGAUAAUAUUGUCUCCAGCACAGAGAGCGUGCGCAAUGGCAAUGGUACUGUUAAUCCCAGCUUUAAUAAUUAUCUAACAGUGCAUCCCAAUUUGCCUAUAAUACGCACUGAGUGCGCCGACACUGUCUCAGUUUGCAGCGAUCGUUCCACCAAUGACCACAUUAUAGACAUUGACAAGGAUAAGCUAUCGAUGAGCAAGGACCCACCGCCGCCCACUUUUACAACCAUGACGCCACAGGAGAUUGCCAUGUGGAUAGACAGACGUGCGCGUCUUUUGUUUCCGGGCAUGUUUUUGGCCUUCAAUGCGCUCUAUUGGACAUUUGUCUAUGUUUUAUAAGCUAAGCAUUAAUAUAUAUUGUUUAAUUUUAAGACACAUUACAUCUCAUAGUCAUAGUAUUAAAAGAAAACAUCAGACAUGAAAUAAAACGCGCUGUAUAUUUAGUA